AAAUGAGUGUCACAGAAGUGUUUGUGUGUUGUUUCAGUUUGUGAUCGGUGCAGACGGUGUUUGUGGGGUUGUGUGUGAGCACUCGCCGUUCGAGGGCAUCGUUCUGGUGCAGUGCACUGAACACCUGCUGAAAAACAUACGGAACAGCUCCUGUAAGCAGAGCUCCGCUCGGAGCGCGUCUGAACUUCCUCACCCGCACAGAUUACUGUGGAAGUGUUCCCCUCGGACUCAAGGUGCGCUGGCGUCUGCUGCGGAUCACCUGCACAGCAGAUGUCACAGAAGACCCGUGUCCACCUACGAGAGCGCUUCUCUCCGCCGCUUCCGGCAGGGACGCGUGGACAACAUCCGCUCCAGCACUCCUGAGGCGCUGGCGUUCGUGAAGGCCAUGACAGACGGAGGAACAUCCACUCAGGACACAGAGAAGAUGGAGAAGCUGCGAGCGGCUGUAGAUGCUCAGAGUAAAGUCACAGCUCUGGCCGUCACGGGGAUGGGGACGGACAAUCACUUACUAGGACUGCGUGACAUUGCCAAGGAGAUGAAAAUGGAGACGCCAGACAUAUUCUCUGAUGAAACGUACCACAUCAGUAACCACUUCAUGCUGUCAACCAGUCAGGUUCCCACCGCAGAGGAGAUGUUCUGCUGCUAUGGUCCGGUGGUUCCUGACGGUUACGGCGUGUGUUAUAACCCUCGGCCCGCUCACGUGCUGUUCUGUGUGUCCAGCUUCAGAGAGAGUAAGGAGACUUGUUCAGGGCUGUUUGUGAAAGCGCUGGACGAGGGACUGCAGGACAUGAGGAUCCUGUGCACUAAACACACAGAUCACAGGAACACGCCAAACACACCAAAAUAA